CCUCAGUUCUGGUGUCACCGUGAUGGUUUCAAUUAUGACUCGUAUAGACACAGGUCAUUUACACCAGAAUCUACAAUGUCUGAUUGGGAGGGUACAGAUUUCUGUCUCGAAAAUCUGUUUGACGAAUCCAGACCAGAGUCCCCACAAUCAGUUUUUUCAGACCUUGAACUUGACAGGUUUUUCAGUACCAGGGCCUUGUCCCCAGACUCUGUGUCUUCCGACUUUGACUUUGCACUCCUCCAGGACUGGCUGAAAGACUUCAGAUCAUUUUCACCAGAUUCUCUGGCCUCAGUGGAAGAAUCCUCCUUCUCUCCUGACAUCACCUUUGGACAGAUGUCAAGUCAACAUUGUAAUUAUUUCUUACGUUACUCAGACUGUAGUUCAGUGUCACCUUAUUCAAUGCAGUCAGAUAUUGAAUUUUCCACACCUUUUGAUGAGUUUUUUCAUGACAACAGACCAGAUUCCCCAGAUUCCUUUACUUCAUGGGUUGAACAGAAAGACAGUUUUUUCACACAGUCAUUUACUGACAACUGGUUGUUUUCAUUAAACAUCGUACAUACUUCUGAUACAUGUCUGUCAGUGCAGUCCUCAGAUUAUGCUUUUAAACAACUCCCCUCUCAGAAUACAGUCCCCAAGGCGAGUUUUAGUCCAGUGAGCCCACUUAGAUAUAAAUGUACAACCAGAGGGUUUAUGUCACACAUACUUGACCCAUUCUAUGAUGGAAAAGGUGUUUUUCACAGUGAUACUCAAAUCUGUCUAGCUAAUCAAACAUGUCCAAGGCAUAUUUUCAAAAACAAUAAUGAAACACUUGGAGGCAGUACAACAGAUCCAUUUUACCGAGCCAUAUCUUCUGAGUUUGAAGAUCAUAUUUCAGACUCUCAGUUCUCACAAGCUUCCUCCUUGUCAUAUUCUUCAUCUCCUGAUGUUUUAGUAACAGAUUCACACCCUGAAAGCCUGAUGCCCCAAACUGGAACCUUUGAGACAGGACCCAGUGAUCCUUCGUCAGACACAUAUGCACAGUCUUUUUUCAUCACACCAUCUCUGUGGAUGGCAGAAAACCAACACUAGAUGUGGUUCCAACUCACA